UAACCAAUUUAAAUCACCAGUCUUUACAAAAUUACCCUACGCCUCUAAAAGGAGACACAAAACUCACCUCUAAGUGCCUAAUUAAAAUGCAAAAACCUCAAGUACUCACUUUAGGUUUAGUAAAGCGACACCAAUCAGAACUAUUGGCCGAUUAGAUGCUAUCUCCAAUGACUUAUAUUAAAAGAAGGAGGAAAGAUGUCUCAGUAAAAUAAGUAUUUUCUAGCUGACCUGAAACCAAAACGCUUAGUCAAAAUGUCUGACAUCAAGCUUCCCAUCUACGAAGACGAAGAAGUACCCAAACCAAGACGCUGGUUUGGAGUCCGACACUUCCAAUUCUUCCUCAUGUCCUUCACACUGGUGAUUUUCUUCGGAAUGCGUACCGCGUUAUCAGUGGGCAUCAUCGCCAUGAUCGACAAGCACCCACCAGAUCCAUCUAUACCAACCUACCCCGAGUGGAAAGACACCGACACGGUACUAUCGUCGUUCUUCUGGGGCUACCUCGUCACCCAAGUCAUCGCCGGCCAACUCAGCGAGUACUUCGGACCCAAGUGGUUCCUAGUCGCCACCAUGCUUCUGGGUUCCCUCUUCAACAUACUCAUACCCGUGAUGGCGUCUUGUUGGGGGUCCGGGGGAGUAAUGCUUUGUCGGGUCGUCCAGGGUCUAGCACAGGGAUUCCUGUACCCUUGUAUACUCAACAUCGUGAGUAAAUGGACACCCGCUUUCGAACGGUCGAGAGUUUCGGCCUUCGUCUAUGGAGGUGCUUCAGUCGGAAUCGUCACCUCCAUGCCUCUGACUGGAGCCAUCGCGGGCUCCACCUGGGGCUGGCCCGUCGCGUGUUACCUCUACGGAGGCCUGGGGCUCCUCUGGACCGGCGUGUUCACCAUUUUUGCCGCCAAUUCGCCAGACACCCAUAGAUGGAUCUCCGAACAAGAGAAAAAGUAUAUUGAGAGUACGACGUGCCUCAAGACGUGUACCAAGAAAAUACCGACGCCAUGGAAGUCCAUGUUCACGUCGCUACCCAUGUGGGCGAUUUUCAUAGCGAGUUGCGGCUCCAGCUGGGGUUCUUUCACACUAAUGACCGAAAUCCCCAGCUAUAUGGACAACAUCAUGCACUUCAACAUCAACGAGAACAGCCAAUUGUCGGCACUACCAUACAUCGCCCUGCUCCUUGCCGGGAUUAUCGGAGCACCCAUCGCCGAUAAACUCAUCACCAGUAAUGUGCUUUCCAUCGGUACCACCCGCAAAAUCUUCAACUCCUUGGCGUCGUUCAUCCCGGCGAUUGCCCUCAUAGUGCUCGGGUUCGUCGACAACGCCCAGAAGGAACUCGCGAUUGGGUUGUUGGUGGUGGCUGUGGGUACCAACGCCUGGACGCAGUGCGGGUACUUGGUCAACCCGAUCGAUUUGUCGCCGAAUCACGCUGGUACCAUCACGGGACUAGUCAACUGCUUUUCGACGAUUUUCUCGAUUUUGGGGCCGCUCUCUGUGGGAUUUUUCGGCGACGAUAAGAAAGAUACGAAUGUCUGGUGGAAUGUGUUUAGGACCGCGGCUGGUAUUUACGCCGGCUGCGGUUUGUUCUAUGUAUUGUUUUCGUCCGGGAAGACCCAAAAAUGGAAUGAUGAAGCUGAAGAUGAGAAGCGUUUCCCAUCGGAAGGAGAUUCUAAGACUGAUAUAUAUGUAAUCGAUAGUUAAGUGGCUGUAGGUAGGAUUUUUUAACAAUUAAAUUAUUUAUAACAAA